AUGAAUCAAAAUUUAUUUUUUAUGAGUGACCAGGAUAAACACGAACAACUUCGAAUUGGAUUAGUUUCUCCCGAGCAGAUUCUCGCUUGGUCUGAAAGAAUAUUACCUAAUGGAGAAAGAGUCAGACAAGUUACUACAGAACGCACUUUAGAUUAUAGAACUUAUGAACCAGUAAGAGAUGGAUUAUUUUGUGAAAGAAUAUUUGGACCUAAGAAAAGGGGAGUUUGUGCUUGUGUAAAACCUCGAAUGAUGGAAAAUGACAAGGAAAACUACAACUCCAAUUUUUGUACUCAAUGUGGAGUUGAACUUGCUAUUGAUCCUCGAAUUCGAAGAUAUCGAAUGGGAUACAUUAAACUGGCAUGUCCAAUUGUUCAUAUUUGGUAUUUCAAACGACGCCCCAGUUAUAUCGCGGAUCUAUUAGAUAAAACUCGUAAAGAAUUAGAAGACCCAGUAUACUGCGAUGUAAAAACCUAUCCAAAUGUUUGUAUUACUAGGCCCACAGCUAAAAAGCCAACUUUAUUGCGAUUUCAGGGUUUACGUCCAUCUAAGUAUGAAUCCUGGGCAGAAAAGAUUGCUUAUUAUCUCUCUUGGGAUUUUGGGCUAGUUCAAGAGCGAGAAAUUGCCACUGGAGGAAAAGCUAUCAGAGAACAAUUAGCUGGUCUAGAUCUGCAAAUGAUUAUAGAUCGUUCAUAUAUAGAAUGGAAGGAAAUAGAUGAGGUAAUAUCUAUAUUAUUUUCGGAGCCAGAGAAUCAAUUUAGUAAUAGAAAAAUAUAUGCUCAAUUUAAGGAGCAAAAACUUCAAAAACUUCGAAGAAGAAAGGAUCUUUUGGUUAGACGGAUGAGAUUUGCUAAAUAUUUUCUUCGAACAAAUGUAGAACCACAAUGGAUGGUUCUAUGCCUAUUACCAGUUCUUCCUCCCGACCUGAGGCCAAUGUUUCAAUUAAAUGAAGGUGGAGUGAUUACUUCGGAUCUUAAUGAACUUUAUCAAACGGUUAUCCGUCGAAAUAAUAAUGUUUUACAAUUCAUAGAAACCACUAGUGUAUUUCUAAUACCGGAUUUAUUGCCUGACCAAAAGAAAUUAGUCCAACAAGCCGUAGAUGCACUUCUUGAUAACAGUAUAGGCACACAACCGGUGAGAGAUAGUCACGAUAGACCUUAUAAAUCGUUCUCAGAUUUCAUCCAAGGUAAAGAAGGAAGAUUUCGUGAAAAUUUACUUGGAAAACGGGUCGAUUAUUCAGGUCGUUCUGUUAUUGUGGUAGGUCCCCUUCUCUCAUUGUAUCAAUGUGGAUUGCCCCGAGAAAUCGCAAUAGAGCUUUUUCAAGCAUUUUUAAUUCGUGAUCUGGUUGAACGACAGAUUGCUCCCAAUCUAAGAGCUGCUAAAUUUUUAAUUCGAGAUAGGGGACCUAUUAUAUGGAACGUACUUAAACAGAUUAUGCAAAAACAUCCCAUAUUGUUAAAUCGAGCACCCACCUUACACAGAUUAGGAAUACAAGCGUUUAUACCUGUUUUAAUAAACGAACGUGCCAUUCGGUUACACCCAUUGGUUUGUGCAGGAUUUAAUGCGGACUUUGACGGAGAUCAGAUGGCUGUCCACGUACCUUUAUCUAUGGAAGCUCAAGUAGAAGCUCGUUUACUUAUGUUUUCUCAUCUCAAUCUUAUCUCUCCAACCAUAGGAGAUCCUAUUUGUGUACCGACUCAAGAUAUGCUUCUAGGACUUUAUAGAUCAACUCUUCAAAAAAACCAGGGUAUUUAUGAAAAUAGGUACCAUCCAAAUAGCUCAAAAAAGAAGAUCGUCUCGCCUUCGUUUUAUAGCUAUGAUGAUGCGCUUAAAGCUUAUGAACAAAAACAAAUUGAUUUAGACAGUCCUUUAUGGCUCCGAUGGGGGAGAGAGAUAGAUACCUCUAUUAUUAAUUCAGUAAACCGAGAACUUCCUAUCGAAAUUCAAUAUGAAUGUUUAGGUACCUUCUACGAAAUCUAUGAUCAUUUUCGAAUAAGAAAAGGUAGAGUGGGGGAAAUACUUAAUAAAUACAUUCGAACAACCGUUGGUCGCAUUCGUUUUAAUCGAGAAAUAGAAGAAGCUAUAAAAGGCUUGUGGACUUAUGAUAUCCGACAAGAAAUGUUACUAUUCAGAAUUUAA